UUCGCGGGCGGCCGAGGCAGGUGGGCGCCGCUGGUGCGGGAGGGACGCGCGUCCUCGCUGUCGCCAAAGUUCUGCUCCGUAGAGCGGGUGGGCACCAGGCCCAACGCAGGCCCUCCGUGGGAAGCUGGGUUGGACAGCCGGCGCCCCUGGCUCAGCAGGAGGCUCCUGGGGCGGGGACCGGGUCGGGCCAGGCCGGCGACAGCGAGCCGGACCCUGUCCCGCGCCCGGGCCCCGCCGCGCGUGCCCAUGGAUGCUCCACGCCCCGCAUCGAGGGCGGACCCCGCGCCGGGACCCCGGAGCCGCAGCGCACGCCGGGGUGCCCGGCCGGAGCUGCGCGGAGUGUGCGCCGGGCGCAGCCACGCACCAUGAUGAAGACGCUGUCCAGUGGUAACUGUGCGCUGAGCGUGCCGGCCAAGAACUCCUACCGCAUGGUGGUGCUGGGUGCCUCGCGUGUGGGCAAGAGUGCCAUCGUCUCACGCUUCCUCAAUGGCCGCUUCGAGGACCAGUACACACCCACUAUCGAGGACUUCCACCGCAAGGUGUACAACAUCCGCGGCGACAUGUAUCAGCUGGACAUCCUGGACACCUCGGGCAACCACCCCUUCCCUGCCAUGCGCCGGCUGUCCAUCCUCACAGGUGAUGUCUUCAUCCUGGUGUUCAGCCUGGACAGCCGUGAGUCCUUCGAUGAGGUCAAGCGGCUGCAGAAGCAGAUCCUAGAGGUCAAGUCCUGCCUGAAGAACAGGACCAAGGAGGCAGCUGAGCUGCCCAUGGUGAUCUGUGGCAACAAGAGCGACCACGGGGAGCUGUGCCGCCAGGUGCCUGGCUCUGAGGCCGAGCUGCUGGUGUCUGGUGACGAGCACUGUGCCUACUUUGAGGUGUCAGCCAAGAAGAACACCAAUGUGGACGAGAUGUUUUACAUGCUCUUCAGCAUGGCCAAGCUGCCCCAUGAGAUGAGCCCCGCGCUGCACCGCAAGAUCUCUGUCCAGUACGGUGACGCCUUCCACACCCGGCCCUUGUGCCUGCGGCGCGGCAAGGGUGUGGACGCCUACGGCAUGGUCUCGCCCUUUGCCCGGCGGCCGAGUGUCAACAGUGACCUCAAGUACAUCAAGGCCAAGGUCCUGCGGGAGGGCCAGACCCGUGAGAGGGACAAAUGCACUGUCCAGUGAGCCCGGCAUGCGGGGGACUCAGGGACUUAGGCAGCCUUAGAGGGGCCCGGGGUGCCUGCCUGCUGCCUGUGUUCCCUGCCGGGAGCCCCAUCUGGACCCCUGCCUCAGAGGGGAGACCCCUGAGGCGCUAUGAUCUUUGAGUUCCUUUGCCUUCCUGCCUAUCCCCCAGUCUCCUCAUUCCUUCUGUCUGCUGGCCUCAGCUUCCCCAGGGAGGAUGCGACUCUGAGCCCAGGGCACAGGGAGCUUCAGGGACCAAAUUGGUGGCAUCUUCUCGCUGCAGCAGAGCCUUUGGAGCAAGUGCCUGGAUGGCGGUCACAGGCACUCUCCCUGGGUAGGGCUGGCAUGGUGGGUUGCCUCUGGGGUGCUGCUAGCUCUGCAGUGCCCACCGUUGGCACCCCUUCAUCUACAGUCCCUGAGGAGCCUAUGUUCUACCUGCUCCUCUGCCCCACUUGUCCUGCAGCUCCCCCCCCCCCAUGUUCCUCUGCUCCACAGUGGCACCAGGUGUUUGCGACUGCACCCUGUCUUGAGGGCAGUGGACAUGGUGGCCCUGGCCAGUUCCGUGGUGCAGGCCUAGUGUCUUGGCCAGUGACUGCUCCCUCCUGUGCAGUCAGCAAUCCCAGCUGCUUUCCACAGACCAGGGCCCCAGGUUGCCGGCACAGACAGCGCCCUGCAAGAGCCUGGCUGACCUUACAGUAUUGGUCCUCACGCGCUUAGUGAGCACCAGUGAUGCUGUGCCCACCAUGCUAGGAAGUGAGAGGGGCACGCCCAUCCACCAGUGCUGUCUGUGCAAGGCCGUUGGAAGGAGGCACAGUGGUGGUCGGGCUGCCCCCAGGACAGAUGUGGGCACCAUGUGCCCGGCCUGGUGGCUCUGUGCCUGUAGCCCAUGUCAACCCAAAGGGCCACAGCUCUUGUCAGAGAACCCUAAAGAUGCUGAGUUUAGGGUUCGAGAGGCCACAUGGUAUCUCCGGAGUAUUUCUGAGGCCCACAGAGCUGAGCCACCAGCCUGGCUUCCUCCUGCUGUGGGCUGCACGGGGCAGAGUAGAGCAGACCUGCACUGGGGAUGCACACCAAGGGAGGUGCCCCAUCCUGCAUUCUGCACCCAGCCCCAGUUCAAGCAGCAAUGAGGCCCUGUGACCCAGUGUACACACACGUAUACAGGCUCUCCACACCUGCUCCUGCAACCCCAUUUCUGUCCCCUGCUCCACUCCCUGUGUGGACCCUCAGAGCAGACCCAGGGCCUUGUCCAGGGGGUGCUGUCUGCUCCUCCCUCCCCUCUGCCCGGCCCCCAACUUCUGUACCUGUGCAUUAAAGUGGAUUUGUA